AUGACCCCAGUUUCGAGCCAUUACGUUCAUGCACAUUUGCACCGAUACCCAUUGCUCAGGAGUUCAGAGCAAUCGUUGAUUCGCGCGGCUUUCUUCUUUUUUUCUAUCUUUCCAGAUGGUAGCUAUGGAUACCAGUCGGAGCUUCACGAAGAUGCCUUCGUGCGGAGAAAGCAGCGAAGGAACAGGACGACGUUCACCGUCCAACAGCUGGAGGAGCUGGAGAAGGCGUUUGCUCAGACCCACUACCCGGACGUGUUCACGCGAGAGGACCUCGCCAUGAAGAUCAACCUCACCGAGGCCAGGGUCCAGGUCUGGUUUCAAAACCGACGCGCCAAGUGGCGCAAGGCCGAGCGGCUGCGCAAGGAACGCGAAGAGAAAGAUCGCUCGGCGGCCGGAGCCGACGGCGCCGCUUCGAGCGGCGCGGCAACAGAUGCCGGCGGAGGAGGAGCCGGCGACCUGGCCACGGGGAGCGACAACGGCGGGCCCCCGAGUCCGCUCUCGUCGGGUGAAAGGACUGACAAGCCGGGCGUGCACAGCAGCACCUCGCUUGCCGUGCACGACGAUGACGACGACGAGUCUCAGGGGUCGGCGCACUCCGACUCGGCCGGAAGCGCGGCGGCCGCCGCCUCCUCGACGACCAACGGCGGCGGCCCGGCGCCCUCUCUGCUCGACCCCUCGCGAAUCGCGGCCGACCAGUCGCGGCUCGAGGCUUUCGCCAAGGCUCACGAGGCCGCCAUGGGUUCGUCACCGUUGCUGGCGGCUGCCGCAGCCGCGGGUAGGGCCCCGCUGUCGCUGUUGCCGCCGCCGCUGAGUGCCGCGUCCCGGUUGGCCUCGGUGCCCUCGUCCGCCUCGUCCGUCAUGGAUCAGCAGCACCCGUUCUUCAAGGACGCCCUGUCGUCUUUCGCGGCUGCGGCCGCUGCGUCGCUGCCGUUACGAGGCAUGCACCAGCACCCGCUGUUCUCGGCCUUCGCUGACUCAGGCUUGGGUGGCCCGGGCGGUGGACCGCCGGGCGUCGGUGUCAGCGCCGGUGGUGGCGGCGGAGCAGGAGGAGCCACGGGGUCCGCCGGCGGCUGCUCGGGUCCUGACUCGCUGCUGGGUCCGCACCCGCGCUUUCCCCUGCCACCCAUGUACUUCCCGCCGCACCUGUCGGCGCAGUUUGCCGCGGGACACGCCGCUGCAGCAGCAGCCGCCGCAGCCUCGUUCCCGUUCAAGGGCAUGCACCCGCUGUGCGCGUGCUGCGUGGCCAAGACCCACGGCACGCCGCACCCGGCGCCCGCGCACUCGUCGGCACCGCCCCACCACGCAUCCUCCUCCACCGAUAACCACCACGCGGCAGCGGCGCUCAGCCAAUUGGGGGCAGCCGCCGCCGCCGCCGCCGCCGCCGCGAGCGCAGCCGCAGGCGGCAACGGCAGUGCCGGAGGCAGCAGCGGAGGCGCCAUCAUCACUUCCGGCGCGCAAGCGCUGCCCGGCGGCACGGGACGGAACAGCGCCGGUGGCACCGCGAACGGUGGCUCGGACGAGGUCACCACUACCAGCAGCGUGUCCGAACUGCGGCGCAAGGCCCGCGAGCACUCGCAGGCAGUCAUGCUGCAGUCGGCGGCCAUGCUGAAGCCGCCACCACCGGCUGUCACGGUCUCAGAGAGCACCUAG